AUGAAAGUACUCAUCGUAAUAGCUUGUUUGGCAGCAUUUGCUUGCGCCAACGAGCAGGCCUGGAAUAGUUUCAAAGCUGGAAAGCAAUACAAAUCUCUCAUUGAAGAGCGUCUUCGUCAACAAAUUUUUUUGAACAAUGUUCAAAAGAUUGAAGAACACAACGCCAAGUAUGAACAAGGAUUGGUUACUUACAAAAUGGCAAUUAAUCAAUUUGCUGACUUAACUGAAAAAGAAUUUUUGGCUUUCUUGAAACUUAGCGGCCCAGCUAAUAAACCUAAAGCUACCGAAAUCUUUAACGCCACCAAGGCCGCACCUUCCUCCAUUGAUUGGAGGUCAUCUGGCGCCGUUACUCCAGUGAAAGACCAAGGCAGCUGCGGAUCUUGCUGGUCAUUCUCUGCUACUGGUUCAUUGGAGGGUCAAAACAAAAUCCUCAAUGGAAAACUUGUGUCUCUCUCUGAGCAAAACUUGGUUGACUGUUCAUCAUCCUACGGAAACUACGGAUGCAACGGCGGUUUGAUGGUAUCAGCUUUUCAAUACGUUAGGGACCACGGAAUCGAAAGCGAAUCCAGCUACCCAUACACUGGUCGCGAUGGAAGUUGCAAAUUUGUCUCCAGCAAAUCUGUCCUUAAGAUCAAAGGAUACACCGAAAUCUCCCAGGGUAAUGAAAAUCAACUUAUUAAUGCCCUCGGUACGAUUGGUCCAAUAUCUGUCGCUAUUGAUGCCACCAGCAACCUCCAAUUCUACAGCUCUGGAAUCUUCACUGACAGCAGUUGCUCUCCAUAUUCUUUGAAUCACGGUGUCUUGGCUGUCGGUUAUGGAUCUAACUACAUUAUCGUCAAAAACUCCUGGGGAACCAGAUGGGGAGAAUCUGGCUAUGUCAGAUUCAAGCGUGGAUCUAACUUGUGCGGUAUUGCUACUAUGGCUAGCUACCCAAGAUUGUAAUUCUGUAUCAUUUAAUUUUAAAUAAAAUAGCGAUGUAGAAUA